AGAUUUGUGAAUGCAACCAUUGCCACAGGCUGGUGUUGAUUUCCUGACGCUUGGAUCCAAACAUGCAGUUCAUCCCAGUCUUUACCAGUUCUUGCCUUCUAACACAAUGUGCACUUCUGUCUCUGAGCUGGAGGCACUCUACAACAGCAAAUCUGUAGUGGCCACUACCUGUCUUGGAGUGAACCACGCCGUAUUCUCUCGGAGAACCUUUGACUACUGCAUCGUGGACGAGGCGUCUCAGCUGACACUACCAGUCAGCCUCGGUCCUCUGCGGUGUGCGGCAGUGUUUGUGCUGGUCGGGGACCACUACCAGCUACCACCUCUGGUCAGAGACUCUGAGGCCAGACAUCAACAGACCAAAAUCAAGGAGGCUCUAAUCAACUUACCUCUGACUCAGUCAGAGAACCAUGUGGAGGUGAACACUGUUGAUCGAUACCAGGGGAGAGACAAGGACUGCAUCAUUAUAUCCUAUGUCAGGAAUAACCCAAACAAGAAUGUUGGUAAUCUGCUGUGUGACUGGAGGAGGGUGAAUGUAGCUCUGACCAGAGCCAGACACAAGAUGGUGAUGGUUGGUUCUCUGUCAACCCUCUCUUCCUCCCCGCCCCUUCUCUCCCUCAUUCAUCUCCUCACUGACAAACACUGGACCACCGAUAUUAUUGACUGAGACUAUCUUCCUUAUUAUUGUUGAAAACGACACUUGUGAGAUUU